AUGACGGACGCUGAGGUCACUCAACCAACGACACAUGAGAACACGGAGCCCACGAUAGAAGAUGGAGACGAUGAAGAAUCAAACGAAAUUCUUCUUAUGAAACAAAGAGUCGCCGAAAUGGAGAGGGAGGCCACCAAGCUACGAGAGCUACAGGCUGCCGCAGCUGAGCAGGCGAACUCGGCAGAAGAAUCCGCCUCCGCUAUGGAAACAGAUGAAGACAAGGCUGGUGCUGAUAGCAGGAGUAUUUAUGUUGGAAACGUGGACUAUGGUGCAACUCCGGAAGAAAUUCAGGGACACUUUCAGGCUUGUGGGACCAUCAACCGAGUCACUAUUCUUUGCGAUAAAUUCACCGGCCAUCCUAAAGGCUAUGCAUAUGUGGAGUUUUCAGAGCCGGAACACAUAGACGCUGCCGUUGCUCUAGAUAACUCUCUUUUCAGAGGGAGACUUAUCAAGAGGAAGCCGAGGCAGGCGAGUUUGGUUCAAUUUUUCUUCAUGUCGUCCACGCGAAACCUGACGCCGAAUGUAGCGCUGCUGCAUCCGACUGCCAUGUUCUCCAACUUCUGCCGUGGGUCUGUCAGACUCAUGUCUACAAGCACAAAAUCUGCGGCUUCGCAAACUGUAUCUGCAGUAUACCCAUUCUCCAAAACUGCCUUGACCCUUACCCGACCAGAAUACGCGAGAACAACACCUGCACUGAACAAAGGCAAAGGUUUAAUGGACCAUCUGCGGAAUUCACUAUACACCCCCGAAAAAUACGCAAUGAUGAAAUCUCUGUUCUCCAGAAAGUCGUCGAGCCAGCUCCGCGUCGGCAGCAUCGUCACUGUGCUUUCGGAACAGGCACCAACUACAUUUACGGGCGUGCUAAUCGCCAUUCGACGACGAGGACCAGACACGUCGAUCCGAGUGCGGAAUAUCUUGCAAAGGACAGGGACCGAGAUGCAGUUUUUCCCCAAUUCGCCACACCUCAAGGAGAUCAAGGUGGUGAGGCAACCACCAGGGGGUCGUAUGAGAAGAGCCAAACUGUUCUAUCUGCGGGAUUCACCAGACAAGAUGACAGGACUUGCUGGAGGCAAGAAUUAG